GGUCAUAGUAUGUAGCAGUUAAGUUACAUGGGGCUGCGCUUACAUCCAUAAUAGAUACAUAACUACUUUUCUACUUUCAACUUUCUACACUAACCAGCUCCGAUCAAUACAUACAAUACAUCAUACCCGUUAUCCACACGCGAGACGAUAUACAAACGAUAUAACAUCGUGAACACCUCCCGUUCCUCUCUCCAACGAGCUUUAUGUCUUGCCUAUAAGAACCUACUACCUUGUCUAACCCCCCUUCGACGGCAAAAUCCUUCCCCCGCCUAUAUUCGCCUAUAUACCCCCCCACGAGUUCAUAUCACGAAUUCCUAUUACGAACCUAGCCUACCAACCCCCGUACUCGUUCGCUCGUCGCGCUAACUACUCGACCCAACACCACGGAUAGUAUACAUACAUACACACACACAGCUUCGUUUUUUGAUAUGUCAGGUUACGGUUACCCGGGAGGAUACGGUCCGCCGCAGCAACAGUAUCACGGCAAUUAUUAUCAACCUCCACCCCAGCCAUAUAACGGAUAUCCUCCUGCUCAAGGAGCUCCUCCCGUACCCUACGGAUACCCACAGCAACAGCAAAACCCUCCUCCUCAACCUUACGGAUACAACCAGGCUCCACCGCAACAUGGCGGCUACGGCCAACCUCCGAGUCAAUACGGUAGACCUGGAUUGCCUACGGCGAACUCGAACUCCUACAACCAUGGGAAUUAUAGCGCACCUCCUCCCCCACCUUCCGGGCCUCAACAUUUCGGUUCCGGCGCUCCUCAUAACUACGCAUUUCAGUAUAGUAACUGUACCGGUCGAAGGAAAGCUCUACUGGUUGGCAUAAACUACUUUGGUCAGCGUGGCCAACUUCGGGGAUGUAUCAAUGAUGUCAGAAACAUGUCGCAAUACCUUGUUGAACACUUCGGUUAUAAGCGAGAAGAUAUGGUCAUCCUAACUGAUGACCAACAAAACCCAAUGAGCCAGCCGACAAAGCAAAACAUUCUACGGGCCAUGCAUUGGCUCGUGAAGGAUGCGCGACCCAAUGACUCGCUAUUCUUCCACUAUUCGGGACAUGGCGGUCAAACCAAGGAUCUAGAUGGCGACGAACCCGACGGCUAUGAUGAAGUUAUAUAUCCUGUCGAUUUUCGGCACACUGGCCACAUCACCGACGACGAGAUGCACCGUAUCAUGGUUAAGCCGCUGCAAUCGGGAGUACGGUUAACAGCCAUUUUCGAUUCAUGCCAUUCCGGAACCGCGCUCGACCUCCCGUAUAUUUACUCCACUCAAGGCAUUCUCAAGGAACCAAACUUGGCCAAGGAAGCCGGCCAAGGACUUCUCGGUGUCAUAUCUUCAUACAGCCAAGGCGAUCUUGGAGGAGUUGCGAACAACAUUAUGGGUUUCUUCAAAAAGGCCACCAGCGGAGAGGACGCGCACCACAGGGCCAUGGCGACCAAAACCUCAGCAGCAGACGUUAUUAUGCUUUCCGGAAGCAAAGAUGACCAAACUUCGGCCGAUGCAACAAUUGCUUCUCAAGCCACCGGUGCCAUGUCGUGGGCCUUCAUUACCGCCCUAAAGAAGAAUCCCCAGCAAAGCUACGUACAACUGCUUAACAGCAUCCGGGAUGAGUUAUCCACGCGGUACACCCAGAAACCUCAGCUCUCGUGCAGCCAUCCUCUGAGUACGUCUGGAUUUUUGGUCUCCUCUUUUCCCGGACGAUGACCACCGCCCGCUAUCUGCUAACAUACUAAACUCUGAUAUAGAUACUAACCUGCUAUUUGUGAUGUGACAAGACGGAACGGGACGUUGACGGGCGUCUCCUGGGCGGACAUCGAAAUGAAAUGAAGUUAUGCAUGGGCUUUUCUAACGUGUAACUACGAUUGCGUUCGCGUUGCGUUGCGUUAUUCUAUAUACCGCUAUUACUGCGUAGGUUAGGAGGUAGUUGCUGCGUUUACGGUUCUGGUACAGCAUUCUAGGCUCUUGGGGGAAAGGGUCCUUCUUACUCGUUCUUCAUUUUUAUGACAAGGCUCUACAAAAAGAGGGAGAACUGAAUUGGGUUACGUGGGUGUUCUUGGUUGCCUAUCUUUUUUUUAAUGAAGUUGCCGAAAUAUGUUCUAUCGCUUAGGUACCUCUUAGCUGAAUUGAUACCUGCGGUUGUUUCUA